GUCGUCUUUUUAUUAAGCAUAAUAACACUUCUGUGCGAUGAUGAUAAUGUUGGUAUUGUAGUAGUAGUAUUCAUUGUCCUGAGAUAGCAUCUGUAAGACAAUGCUAUUCACUUUCAAUCUGAGAAUCUGUAUAUAGACUGUACAUAGAUCGUACCUAUAUUUUUCGUUUAACUGACCUCACAUAUUACCAAGAUCAUACUAAUCAGUGAUUGUUCUUAUAUAUGUAAUACAAAUAUAUAUAUUCAGUUUAUGGAACGACUUGACUAAAUGCCUGGGUUUGCUUUCAUUGAAUAUCCAAGAUUUAGGGUUAAGACGAAAAUGCACGUGAUCCUGAACGUGACUGAAAAGCUCGUGAUCCAUCGAUUCGCUUCGUUACAUCAAUUGUGCAGGCCCAAUUAGGUAAUUUUCUGCUACAAUAUACUUGCACACUACCGUAUUUCUGAUACAUUCCUAUAUAAAUUACUAACUAUGACGAGCAUUAACGAAGAUAGUCUGUCAGAUAAUGAAAGAAAGGUUUCUUAUAUUCUUAAUCUUCUAGGUAAGAAAGUACCAACUCUGAAGGAGAACGACGACAACGACGACAAAGACGAAGAUUACGAAGACAUAAUGACAGACGAAGAUAUCUAUACAUUAGAUUCACUUCAACAAUUGAUUGCAAGUGUAUACAAUUCCAAAUCACGGUUUAAUCCUGAAUUGAAUUCUCGAGAUGAAUAUACUUCACAAACAACUGAUACUCAAUAUGAAACAGAAUUAUCUAUAUUGGAAUCAUUUAAAGAUCACCCCAAUGAACAAUUUCUUCAACAACAGCAUUUAAAGUAUAUUAAAGGUUCUUUACAUUCACAAUUCCCUUCAUAUUUUUCAGCUCUUGAUGCCAAUCAUUCAUGGAUGUUACUUUGGUUACUAAAUGGUUUUAAGGUUAUAAAACAAAAUGACCAAAGCCUUUCCCCAGAAACCAUCGAACUCAUUAAUAAUAAAAUCGAAUCAUGUAUUAUAGAUGAAGGAAGAGGAGGUAUUUCUGGUGGAGCAAAUCAAAUUGGUCAUGUUGCUUCCACUUAUGCUGCCAUACUUACAUUAAUUCUCACCAAGAAUUAUACACUUUUAGAGAAAUUAAGGAAUAAUUUAUAUUCAUGGUUCUUAAGUCUUAAGAAACCCGAUGGAUCUUUUGUAAUGCAUAAGAAUGGUGAAAGUGAUGCCAGAUCUAUUUACUGCGUUCUAGCUGUUUCUUCAUUAUUAAACACAUUAACUGAUGAAUUACUCUUGGGUCUUGAAUCAUGGUUGAAUUCUUGCCAGACCUUUGAAGGUGGAUUUAGCGGAGUUCCUAAAACAGAAGCUCAUGGAGGGUAUACCUACUGUGCCGUGGCAAGUUAUUUUAUUUUAUUCUCCAAGAAAUCAAAAAUAUGCUUUGAUCUUGAUGCAUUGAUAAGAUGGUCAGUCUUUCGCCAAUACUCCAUUGAAGGUGGUUUAAGUGGAAGAACAAACAAAUUAGUUGAUGCUUGUUAUAGUUUUUGGAUUGGGGCACUUUAUCCCAUGAUUGAAGUAUUAGUAGGCGAACAUGAUAUGUUUAACCGUGAUGGUUUAAAGACAUAUAUUCUCAAAGCAGCCCAAAAUUUUGAUAAAGGUGGUUUCAGAGAUAAACCAGGCAAAUCAACCGACUUUUAUCAUACAAAUUAUACUUUGUGUGGCUUAAGUUUAUGUGAAUAUAAAUAUAAAAGUUUUAGCGAUGAUGAUUCUGAAGAAGAAUUGGCUUACAGAUUUCAAUUAGAUAACGAUAAUGACAAUGGCAAUGACAGUGACUACAAAAAUACAAACCCAAUUAAUCCAAUUUUUGGAUUACCUAUUAAUGACAUUAAUGAAGCCAAAAAACAUUUUAUUAAACUUUCAAAACCUAUAUAA